AUGCUGGUGCCCAGCUUAUCGGAAAUCAAGAAGAAGACCCCUGAGAAGGGUGUCACGUUCAAUGAGGCUGCGGCGAAGAGGCCCAAGAUUACCAUCAAGUCCACUGACACUGCUGCUCAGGAUGCCGCGAAGGCUGUUGAGGCGCAGCGAAAGGUGGAGGAGGGUCGGAAGAGAGAGGAAGAGAAGAAGAGGGUUGCCGAGAAGAAGAGGAAGGAUGAAGAAGAGAGGAAGAGGAAGGAGGAGGAGGAGAAAAAGAAAGAGGAGGAGAGGAAAAGGAAGGCGGAGGAGGAGAGGGUGGCCGAAGCGGCGAAGAAGAGGGCCCUUGAGGAGUUAGAAAAAAAGAAGGCUAUGGAGCAGCCUGUUAAUGUUCAAGGGCCUGAGGUUACAAACCCUACCCACUCUGCUCCUGUCAUUACUUCUAAUGGUGCGGGUUGA